GGAUGGAUCUUCUUCUUGUUCCCUCCUCCUCCUCCUCCACACAUCCCAUUCGCAGUCGCAGUCGCAGGAGUGAGCUCCUUCCCACCAAUCAUACUCUCUCAUUAUCCCGCCGUUCCGCCCAUCCACACACCACACCUCACCUCACCUCACCUCACCUCACCUCACCACACACACAUUCUCUCUCCCCUCCAGCUAGCUCGCUCGCCUGCUCAUCACUGUCGCUUGCUUGCCUCGAUCGCAACGCGCUUGGCAUGGCGUCCGAGGUGUGGCUAUCGCCGGCGUCUCGCCUCCCAUCUCUCUCCACCAACGCACCACCUCGCUUCCGCUCCAACCCACCUGCCACCACAACCGCCUCUUUCUUCUCUCCCCGCCCCCGCCCUGCUCGCGGCGCCCUGCCUCUGCUGCGCGUCCGCCGCCGUCUUCGCGCCACCGACCAGCAAGGCCAGGUUCAGGAACAAGACGACGAGGUGGUGGACAGCAACAUCCUCCCCUACUGCAACAUCGACAGGAAGCAGAAGAAGACGCUCGGAGAGAUGGAGCAGGAGUUCCUGCAAGCCUGUCAGGCCUUUUACUUUGACCAGAAGGCCAUCAUGUCCAGCGAGGAGUUUGACAACCUCAAGGAGGAGCUCAUGUGGGAGGGGAGCAGCGUCGUCAUGCUAAGCGAAGAUGAGCAAAAGCUUCUGGAAGCUUCCAUGGCCUAUGCCGCUGGCAGCCCCAUCAUGUCUGAUGCUGAAUUCGACCAACUCAAACUCAAAUUAAAGACAGACGGCAGUGUCAUUGUGAUGGAGGGUCCCAGGUGCAGUCUAAGGAGUCAUAAGGUGUACAGCGACUUGAAUGUUGACUACCUAAAGAUGUUCCUGCUAAAUGUUCCAGCCACCACUGUAGCUCUGGGACUGUUCUUUUUCAUUGAUGAAUUGACUGGUUUUGAGAUCAAUGUGUUCCAGCUGCCAGAGCCUUUCGGAUUCAUUUUCACAUGGUUUGCUGCUUUGCCCCUAAUAUUGUUCCUAGCACAGUUAUUGACUAAGGCUAUAGUCCAGGACUUUAUAAUCCUCAAGGGGCCAUGUCCAAAUUGUGGUACUGAGAACCUUUCUUUCUUUGGGACUAUACUGUCAGUCUCUAGUGGCGGUACAACAAACAAAGUGAAAUGUGCAAAUUGCAGUACUGAGCUGGAAUAUGACUCAAAGUCUCGGGUGAUCACACUUCCAGAAGCAUCAAGUGCAUAAACAAAGGAACAGGGAGCUACAGAGCUUGUGAAUCCUAUAGAAUAAAGGUGGCUGUCCGGACAGCAUAGCAAACUGCGAAGCCUGCAACUACUAGAAUUGGUUUGUAGCAGUCUCAGCUGGGAAUCUGUUGCAGAGUACUGUGUGUGUAUAGGAAGGAAAAGCUUAGGUACAGCUGCCGCCUGCCGAUUGUACAAUCACUAUUAACAGUCCAGUACGUUGGUAUCACGUAUGCGAUCAUCUCAAGUCUGGGCUUUGAUUUCAAGCACUGAUUUUGACAAUGAAUGAACAAGCUAUAUAUACGAUUUGCACUGCUUUUGCA